AUGGCAAGACCACAGGAGCAGAGACGGCCAUGGACCCUAGAAGAAGACAAUAAGCUCAAAGAAUUUAAGCUCAAAUUCCCUAAUGAAUCUUGGGGAAAGAUCGCAGAGCUGGCGGAGCUGGACAGGACUGAUAAGAGGUGUUGGGAGAGGUGGAAUAACUAUCUGAAGCCUGGUAUCAACAAAGCGGACUUCUCUAAAGAGGAUGAUAACAUCAUCAUCCACCAAAUGUCGCUUCCUCAGAAUAGCUGGGCAUCUAUGGCAAAAUAUCAUCUUCUUGGGCGAUCUCAUAAUGAUAUCAAGAAUCGCUGGAACAACCACUUGAAGAAGAGGCAAGCGACUAUAAGUGACCUUAGGCAACACCUUCUCUACCUAGAGGAACAACUUCUCAUGGAUGAUGAGACUAGUGAUUACUCUGUCCGCGGGGAUGACCUUGAGGCUUUGGUGGCCGAGUUUGCUUCUUUGAUUCCCAACGUUGAUCCAAAUGCAAGUUCAAUCCCUAAACACACCAGCUGA